AUCACUUUGUUCUUUUUUCUUUCUGGGUUUCUCACCGAACCUUCGUAUCUCUUCUCUGUCUCCCUCUCUUCUCUUCACACUCUCUUCUCUCCAGUAAAGAAGACGAAGAAGCUUCCUCCACGGCACCCUGUCACCGCAGCAUUCGUCGGGCGCCUCACCCAGCCGAGGAGAAUGUUGUCGUGUCAGAGGGCGUCGCCGUCUUCCUGGUUCCAGAGAGCGUCGCCGUCUUCCUAAUUCAUUAUCACCGUCGUCAGCCUCUCUCUUCCGGAAUAUUAUGGGGGUGUGAGUGGUGCACUGGUGAAGGCUAAGUUCAAGAAUGGUGGAAGUUGUGCCGAGUUAUGGUUCGCUUGCAUGGUUGGACCUGUAGGCAUGUGGAUUCGAUGGUUCUUAGCUCGGUUCAACGAUCGUGGAUUAGGAAGGGCAGGGUUGUUUAAAUGGAUGCCAUUUGGAACUCUUAUUGCCAAUGUAUCAGCUGCUUGUGUAAUGGCUGCACUUUCCACCGUAAAGGAAGCAGUCAAUACCAAAGAUUGUGACACUAUUGUAAUCGGAACACAGUUAGGUCUCUUGGGGUGUUUGAGUACUGUCUCAACUUUUGUAGCUGAGUUCAAUGCAAUGAAAGAAAGCAAUCAUCUUUGGAGAGCCUAUGUGUAUGCCAUUAUCACAAUGUGUGCCUCAUUUGUCCUUGGAAUCUUGAUCUACUAUGUACCUGUUUGGGCAACGGGAUAUGAGUAUGACACUAGCACAUAACAAUUGGGGCAUAGCAGAAGUCAAUAUCUACUUUUGACCUUUGGACAGUGUGUUUGUUGGUGGAAAAGUCCAAGUUUGACCACAAGAUCCUUCUUAAUUUUAGAAGCAAUGAACUUUUUCUACAAGGAAGGACUCGAGUAUGGAGAAGUUGAGUGAUGCAAUUUACCACUUUUCUUUUAGGCUCAAUAAUUUCUAGAGAACUGUAUGCUGAUAGGACUUUGAUUAAUGUUUGAUCAGCUCUCAAAUUUUUAAUUAAUUUAGAUGAGCCAUAUCAUAAGGAGAAAAAAGAUGACAAGGAUACAUAUAUCAUUUCUGCAAAGGAAACUAUGGUCUAUGGCUAAAUGAGUCUCAAAGGUCUAACACAGUUGCUGCCAGAGAUGAUAAAUUUAUCAUUCGAAAGAAAAUAUGCUAUUGGAAAAUAGGAAAAGGGUGACAAGAAAUUGAAGCAUAUAUUGACAAACUUGCCAAUUAGUGAUGCUCUUAGAGCUAGAGUUACAAAACCUUGGCCUUGCUUAUCUUCAUAAGUGUACUUCUAAUUAAAGUAAUAGACAGUAAUAAAAGCAACAGU